GGUAAGGUUUUAAGAAGACAGAAAUACAAAUUGUCACAUGUGUAUUUCCACAAAUAUACUUCACAUUCGACCUUGACUUUAAUACAUUCAGUGCGGAAGUAGUGUCCACACAAAUUAGAACCCACGUGGGAAAAUGGACUUCGAGAAAGCUAAGGUGCAGAAGGCGGUGGCUGCAUUGUUUAAUUUACUCAAAGACACAAAGAAGGCAAGCUUCAUUGAUGAAGCAGAGAAAAUUCAUUUGCAGUUUACUUUCAAGAAAGUUCCAAAUGUCAAGAACAAAACACUUCACUUGAAGUUGCCACACUCCUUAAUGAGAGAUACAAUGGACGUGUGUUUGUUUGUGAAAGACGUGAACAAGAAGAAGCGAGACUUUGAUCCCACUAUCCACCAUUACAAGGAACUGCUUGACAAACAUGACAUCAACUUUGUCACAGAGGUUAUUCCUUUGAAGUCUUUGAAAACAGAGUACAAACCUUAUGAAGCCAAGAGGAUACUCUCUGACCGGUUUGAUGUCUUUUUGGCAGAUAAAUGUGUCAUUCGGUUACUUCCGGACUUUCUCGGCAAAGCCUUCUAUGGCAGGAGGAGACUGCCGAUUGGUGUGAACAUGGGUGCCAGUAAUCUGAAGAAGGAGCUGCAGGAAGCCCUUGAUAACUCUCAGUGCUACAUCAGUGGACGAGGGGCGUCGGGCAUGGCCACAGUUGCACAUUCAGAGAUGAAGAUAGAACAUGUGGUGGACAAUGUUAUCUCAGCAGCCAAUCAUCUUGCAGCAGGCAUUCCAGGAGGACCAAUCAACAUAAAGAGCAUGUACAUGAAGACUGGACUGUCGAUGUCUGUUCCCUUGUAUUUCAGCACAGAUGAUGGAGAUGUUGUUUUGCCACCCAAGGAGAGGAAGGUUGUAGACAGUGAGCCGGAAGAACUUACAACUAUUCUCGGAGCCAAGGUCAAGGUCUCUCAAUUUGGUGAUGUCAAAAUUAUUCAAGUCAAGCGUGUAGCUGAAGAUGAUGACCUUGACCUAGACAGUCUUACUGAGAAGAAAAAGUUUAAAUCUGCUCAAGCAAAGACUUCAAAGAAGUUUGGAAAGAAUCCAACUAAGUCAAAGAGUUUGGCACCGAAACAAAAGACAGUAAAAUCUGGCAUCAAGCAACCGAAGAAGAAACAGAAAACCAAAUCUUGAACUGACUGCCUAAAAUGAAAUGGAAUAAAUCUCUGUACAUA